ACACACAAUAUAUGUACUUAGUUUGGUUACCGGCCACUCCACAGACAAAGUUCAGGGUUUUUUCUAAAUAGUUUAAAGCAAAUUCUUGGUUUGUUUAGGGCAAAUUAAUCACUCCAGAAAGUUUGAAGGAAGUCAGCCAAAGACUAACACAGACAGACUUUUGGUUUGGCGAUUGGAAGCAUAAACAGCCAUCCUGCUGUCUUUGAACCAUCCUAUGCUACGUUUUUGUUUUGACCAGCACAGGAAGAGGGGUGAGCUACAAUGUGCACUGGAAAGUGUUCAAAGUGCAUUGGGGUCGUGUUGUUCCCAUUAGCUGUAUGUGCCAUAAUCUCCAAUCUUCUCCUGUAUUUCCCCAAUGGAACUAUUAUAAAGCCCGACCAGAUAACUGAUUUGGUUUGGUUUUUCCAUGGCAUUCUUGGAGCUGGGAUACUGGUUAUUUUGCCAGCGUUUAUGAUGCUGGGCGCAGGUGGAGCUGGAUGUUGCGCUAACAGAUGUGGGAUGCUGCUCUCUGUGCUGCUGGCUGCGCUGGGAGCUGCAGGAGGGGUAUAUUGUGUGGUCAUCUCAUCCUUGGGAUUAAUUAGUGGGCCUCUUUGUGACACUGGUGAUGGACUCUACAUCUACCCUUUCCGGAAUGACACGUUGACAGACAAUUAUUUGUUUAAUCAGACAACAUGGAGCAUUUGCAAAGAACCUGAAAACGUUAUUAUGUGGAAUAUUGUCUUGUUCUCUCUUCUCUUGGGGAUUGGUACAAUUGAAGCUGUUCUUUGCUUUAUUCAAGUCAUCAAUGGACUUAUUGGAUUCAUAUGCGGCACAUGCAUGAGGAAAAGAAAGACACAUAUUGCUGGAAUGUAAAUCACCUACAAAGAAUGCUAGUGACAAGCAUAGACCUGCGAGGAUUCACGUAUAAUCAUAAUGUGUUGUGCUGUAUUUGUGGGGAGAGAGGGACCCCAAGAUGUUCAGGAGUUUCAGAACAACUCCAGAAUAUUUUAUAAAGAUAUCUGGAUGGGGGGUGGAUUAUCUAGAACUUUUGAGGUCAAAGAUUCUUUUUUGUCUCCUCUAAGUACCCAGACUAAAUCUCUGGUAUUGGCAACAUGAUGCUGUCUUUUCAAGAGUGCCUGGCAUAUAUAAACAUUCAAUCACAAACAUUCUCCAAUUAAAAUUCACUGCUUACCCCGCAAGUGCUGCCCUAUGUAGUAAGCAUGUCACUUUGAAGUGCUGACUGUUGCAUAUGGGAAUCUGGACUGAAUGUAAUCAUUGCCAAUAUAAAGAUUUAUCAGCUUUACUGAACUCAUCCACGCUGGUUGGAUGUCUAAAGUUGCUUAUUAAUACUCCCCAAACCCUGUCCUGGCCCUCUGUAAAACUGGAAUGGACUGUCUGGCAGUGCUCUAUGUUUGCAGUGUCGUUGUAACCGUGUUGGUCCCAGUAUAUUAGAGAGACAAGGUGAGUGAGGUAAUACCUUUUAUUGGACCAACUUCCGUUGGUGAAAGACACAAGCUUUCGAGCUUACACAGAGCUCAUCUUCAGGUCAUGCUCUGUCUGUUUCUAUCACUUUGGUACAUAAGCACUGGUCUUCAGUCAUUUAAAGGUCUGGCUCAGAAAGGGUAUUUUCAGGACCUAGCAGUAGCAAUGUUGCUUAAAUAGUUCCAAUAUUUGUAGCACAUGGAGGCCCUGUGUAGCAGGCAGUUGGUCAGUAUCUAACCUGCUUUAACCUCUGUGGAGCCAGCCUCCACUCACACUUCUGUGUGUGCUGUAGGAGGCUGUGGUGGUCUAUAAAGUGCCAAUGCUCCACUGAAAAUCAACACUUCAAAGGCAUGUUAUAUAGCAACCAACUAGUCAAUAACUAGCCUCCUAAAAAUGUCAGACUCACUUCCAGGGGAGUCUGAUAUGAACAUCCUAGUGUAGAGCAUUUUCAUACUCAGUAUUUAAUUUUUUUAAAUUGCAUUUCUGAUCAUUCUUGUGCACGCUUUUCUGAGAAGCUAGCCCCGAAAGGCACCAAAUGGCAUCAUUCUCAGUACUACAGCAAGCAUUGAACCCACAAAGUGCUGCGUGUGAGAUCAAGCCCUAAAUGCUAAAUCCGUGUGAUUGCUAAAAUCUGUGAUUUCAGGAGUGAAUUCUUUGUCAUUUUAUUGGCCACUUCAAAGGUUAAUUCCUACAGUUGCCACUGAUUCUUCUGCUUAAGACAAAAAGUAGUAAGAUAUUUUACAUAUAUAUCAGAAGCUCUUCAAAACUGCAUAACUGUAAAGUUAGGUUACUUUGGAUCUGUUUUGCGAAAGGAGGAACCUUUGUUUCCUCUUUCAAAA